CAAGAUCUUCGCGUUUCUCGUCGAUUCUUGCGUGUUCCGACACCUCCGGGAAUAGUGGAGCAACCGCAUCAGAGGUCGACGAAAGCGAAGCUCCGUCCGGUUCAACAUCCUCAAGAUCCAGGUCGUCUUCUUCUGGUCCCUCUUUCGGGCGGCGGUUUAGGAAAGAAGGAAGCGUCGAUGAUCAAAAGUAUGGAGGCCGCGGCCAGAAACCACCACACCGCAUCAAGAAGCGAGC